UUUUCUUCUCUUUCUCUUAGUCUACGUCUUCCACCACUCCUUCCUCACUUCUCCCCCUUCCUCCGAUCCCCCGUUCAAGAACCCUAACCCCCCAACGGGAAGUUGAAUCCACGGACGGGAUCUGAUCGCUAGGUUCUCUAUCGAUGAGGGAAGGGGACGCGCUCGAGAUGUCGGGGCCAGAGGAGAUGGAUGCUUCGUGCAUGAAGGGGGAUCUGGCGAUGGAGGUCGACGCGCAUCCAGGGCGGGAAGGAUCCGCCACCUCGGAGGCAUGGCGCCGUGCCCUCGCGAAGGUUGUGCCUGCUGUGGUGGUUCUGCGGACCACCGCCGCUCGGGCCUUCGACACGGAAACCGCCGGGGCCAGCUACGCCACCGGUUUCGUCGUCGAUAGGGCUCGAGGCAUCAUCCUGACCAACCGUCAUGUGGUCAAGCCCGGUCCUGUUGUCGCGGAGGCGAUGUUCGUUAAUCGCGAGGAGGUUCCAGUGUAUCCUAUAUAUAGGGAUCCUAUACACGAUUUUGGUUUCUUUCGUUUUGACCCUGAAGCAAUCAAAUUCUUGCUGUAUGAGGAGAUUCCUCUUACACCUGAAGCUGCUUGUGUUGGAUUGGAAAUACGAGUUGUGGGGAAUGACAGUGGUGAGAAGGUCUCCAUUUUGGCGGGUACUCUUGCUCGUCUGGAUAGGGAUGCUCCUCAUUAUAAAAAGGAUGGAUAUAACGACUUCAACACAUUCUACAUGCAGGCUGCAUCUGGAACAAAAGGUGGCUCGAGUGGAUCGCCCGUCAUUGAUUGCCAAGGAAGAGCUGUUGCCUUAAAUGCCGGGAGCAAAUCAUCUAGUGCUUCUGCCUUUUUUCUUCCUCUAGAAAGAGUUGUAAGGGCAUUAUCAUUAAUUCAAACAAAUUGGAGUUCAUUUGGAAGCAAGCCGAAUUCUAUUGCUAUUCCUCGUGGUACACUUCAGGUAACUUUUGUUCACAAAGGAUUUGAUGAAACAAGGCGACUUGGACUUAAAAAUGAGACUGAGAAGAUGGUGAGGCUUGUUUCUCAUGCUGGAGAGACAGGAAUGUUAAUUGUUGAAUCUGUGGUUCCUGGUGGUCCUGCUCAUAAGCAUCUUGAACCUGGUGAUGUGCUUGUUCAUGUUAAUGGGGAGGUGGUUACUCAAUUUCUGACAUUGGAGACUUUGCUUGAUAACAAUGUGGAAGGGGACAUAAAUUUGCAGAUAGAACGAGGUGGAAUUCCAUUAACUGUGAAGUUGAAGGUUCAAGAUUUGCAUUCCAUAACACCAAAUUACUUCCUUGAAGUGAGUGGUGCAGUUAUUCAUCCUCUCUCAUAUCAGCAGGCUCGAAAUUUUCGUUUCAAAUGUGGCCUUGUCUAUGUUGCAGAUACAGGGUAUAUCCUCUCUCGUGCUGGUGUUCCACGCCAUGCCAUUAUCAAGAAGCUUGCUGGGGAAGAGACAUCACAAAUAGAUGAGUUCAUAUCAGUUUUAUCUAGAUUAUGUAGAGGUGCACGUGUGCCUUUAGAAUAUGUGAGCCAUGUGGAUCGUCACCGGAACAAGUCAGUUUUGGUUACAGUUGAUCGCCACGAAUGGUAUGCCCCUCCACAACUAUAUGUCCGUGAUGAUAGCACAGGGCUGUGGGUGGCUAGACCAGCUAUACCUGAGUCCACCUUAUUGUCUUCAACUGUUAACUGUGGUAGAAUAAGCACAACCUCUGUUGGAACGCCGGUUAUUGCUGCAGAACAAAUGGAAGAUGAUCAUCAGAACAAGAGUGAGAACUGGGAGAAUAGGUGUAACAGAAUGCAGACUGAUGAUGAAAAUAUUGUUGAUGAUUCAAUUUCUGGGGAUGGUUCUUUUACUGAGAAAAAAAGGCGACGAUUGGAGGAAGAUUCGAUAGUAGAAGGAAGAUUAUUCUCUAAUGUAGCUUCAAAUGACUUCAAAGAUCAAAACUUUGAGCGUCAACCCAACUUGGAAGAUACUGAGGUUUUGCAUCAUCAGGUAGCAGUUCGAACCAAUGCUUCAAUUGCAGAACAGGCGAUAGAGCCCACUCUCGUAAUGUUUGAGGUUCAUGUACCACCAUCAUGUAUGAUUGAUGGUGUCCACUCUCAACAUUUUUUUGGGACAGGAGUUAUUGUUCAUCAUUCAGAAACCAUGGGUUUAGCUGCUGUUGACAAGAAUACAGUUGCCGUAUCUGUGUCUGAUGUAAUGCUGUCAUUUGCUGCAUAUCCUAUUGAAAUUCCGGGAGAGGUUGUUUUCCUGCACCCGGUUCACAAUUAUGCUCUUGUUGCAUAUGACCCUUCUGCUCUGGGGGUAGGUGCUUCCAGUGUUCAUGCAGCUGAACUUCUUCCUGAACCUGCUUUACAGAGGGGAGAUUCUGUAUAUCUUGUGGGAUUAAGUAGAAGUUUACAAGCAACAUCAAGGAAGUCUAUUGUUACCAAUCCAUGCGCUGCUCUAAAUAUUAGUUCAGCUGACUGUCCUCGGUAUCGAGCAACUAAUAUGGAAGUUAUUGAGCUUGAUACUGAUUUUGGUAGUACCUUUUCUGGCGUGCUUACCAAUGAACAAGGAAUGGUUCAAGCACUAUGGGCAAGCUUUUCUACUCAGUUGAAAUAUGGUUGUAGCUCUUUGGAAGAUCAUCAAUUUGUUAGAGGCAUACCCAUCUAUGCAAUUAGUCAAGUUCUUGAGAAGAUUGUCCAUCAGGAACCAGGUCCAUUUCUUCUCAUCAACGGUGUAAAGAGACCGAUGCCAUCUCUAAGAAUUCUGGAAGUGGAGCUUUUUCCUACCUUGCUUUCAAAGGCUAGAAAUUUUGGUCUCAGUGACGGAUGGGUGCAGGCCCUUGCCAAAAAGGAUCCUAUUAGAAGGCAGGUUCUGCGGGUAAAAGGUUGUUUAGCAGGAUCAAAGGCUGAGGGUCUGUUGGAGCAAGGGGACAUGAUUCUGGCAAUCAAUAAAGAACCAGUUACAUGCUUUCUUGACAUAGAAAAUGCUUGCAGGGAGCUAGACAAAUGUGACUACAAUGCUGGAGAACUUAAAAUGACUAUUUUACGUCAGGGUCAAGAAAGAGAGAUUAUUGUUGGAACUGACAUAAGGGAUGGCAAUGGAACAACUCGCAUGUUGAAUUGGUGUGGAUGUGUAAUUCAGGACCCACAUUCAGCGGUUCGUGCACUUGGUUUUCUUCCUGAAGAAGGUCACGGUGUGUAUGUGGCAAGGUAA